AUGUCCAAAAUGGCGCAAUUAGGAAGUAAAGGCCUUCUACUAUUAUUCAUCAUACUAAGGGUCGCAAUUUCUUCAUCGGAAGAGUCCUGCGAUAAGGUUGAUGUAUGUACAUGCAAGUUCAAGAAUGGUUCGACAGUCAGUUUGAAAGAUGCGGACGGUGGUUCAAAACCGAGCUUCACAAAUAUAGGUGGCAGCUCUGGCCGCUUUUUUGACUGGAAUCCAUGCACACCAUUUGAUGACCCAAAUGAUUCUCUAGGCUGUAAACAAGUCAUGGUUUGUCAAAUAGCCACUUCCACUGGGACCCCUGCUGGAAGCAAAGAUACCAGUUUUAGUGUGGAUGCUUCUGGCAAUGUAGUUAUUUCAUACGGAGUCAUAGAAGGUGGGCAGCCUACCCAUGGAAGGAUGUCUAAAAUAACUUUGGUGUGCGAUCGAAGUGCAACAGGGAAUGGAAAAAUAUCAGAAUUUACAGAAUCUGGAGCAAGCACAGGAACCUCAACAUAUAGUGGAACAUUAAAAUCAAAGUAUGCAUGUGCCGAAGGAGGAUCAUCAGGAGGUCUCAGUGUUGGCAGUAUACUUCUUAUUAUCUUUUUUCCAUUAGUUCUCAUGUACAUUAUCAUCGGAGUGUUGAUAAACCGAUAUGGCCGUGGUGUAGAGAGCAUGCCAGAGUUAUUACCAAAUCACUCUUUCUGGGCCGACUUUCCUUUCCUUGUAAAGGACGGAAUUGUGUUCACUGGUGGUGCGAUCAAAAAUGGAUGUUCCUCUCUUAGUAGCAAAUUCAAGAAAGAUGGCUACGCUGAGAUUUAAGCUAAUAUAUUAAUUUUAUGCAACGCAAUUCAAAUUUGUGGAAGUUUAGGAAAAUUUUAAGGUUUCUCAUUGUGUUAACUAAGCCUCAGACUUGUUCGUAGCAGUUUUUUUCCUUUACGCUAAACUGCAUGCGAAGUGAGUGCUUGGAAAAAUCGUGAGCAUGGAGACCGAAGCUUCCAUUUUUAUGAUGAUUUCAUUGCAACUAAGGCCCCGUCCAUACGUAUCCGGAUAAAUUUGAAAACGGAUAAAUAUUUAUCCGUUUUCAAAUUUAUCCGCGUCCACACGUUGCCGUUUGUGAAUCGUUUUCGGUGUCCACACGUAAACGCAAAAACGAUUUGAAAACGAUGACGUCGCCUACUGAGCAUGCUCUUUAGAGCAAAACAUGUGCCCGCAGUCUGGCGUAUCCUGAGAAUAUGAAAAUAAGCCACAAUGCUUGAAAUGAGACUCAUUAGUACCGAAACUUGAGCUUGUUUAUUCGCCAUGUUUUCAUUAAUGGUCGAUCGGCCGAGAGCACGCGUUGGACUAGGUUUGAAUUGUUACGUCAUCGUUUUCAAAUCGUUUUCAAAUUUAUCCGGAUAAGGCGUCCACACGGAGACGCUUAGCCAGCGUUUUCAAAUUUAUCCACUCUGGAGAGCGUGUUCAAAUUUAUCCGUUUUCGGUGUGUGAAAACGCCGUUUACGUGUGGACGGAACCCGUAACCGUAUAAAUAUUUAUCCGUUUUCAAAUUUAUCCGGAUACGUGUGGACGGGGCCUAAAAUUCGUGCGUUUGCCGAUUCAUCGUUUUUGUGGGUCUUUCUAAAAUGCAAUCACUGAUGGUAAUAGUUUUAUGCGCUAAGAAACACCUUUAACGUGAAUACCGAAGAAUCAUCGAGCGAAGUUUCAGUUUCUACUCCAAUUCGUAGCAAGAUCGCAAUAAAAUUUGAGCGUUCUUAACAACUGCGAUAUCUCAGCGACGUAUAAUUUUUAACUUGCACGGAUUGAAAUCGUUGGAUAUUCACAAGCGGGUUUUUUCGUUGCCUUGAUGUCGCUGCAAAGAUCGCGGGAAACAAAAUCCU